CCUGGAGGGGAGGGGAGGGGUGGAGAGGGGGAGAAAGGCAGCCUUCAGGGUCCACCCUGAGUUUCUGGGCCUCCCACAACCACCGGGGGGAAUUCUGAGAUCAGACCCUAGGGACCUCUGGGAAGGCAGGAAUGGGCCUCAGAGGUCUUUAAGCUGUCCCCACCCAUGGUCAUAUAUAUGUGUAUCUCUGCUCUUCUCUGGGGGGGGCGUUCAUUGACCUUUCAUUUGGUUCUCAUGAGGGUCUCUGGCCCCAGAAGAAAAGACACACAGCCUAUAUCUAAGUUAAGUGUUUGUACCAGCCUCUCACUCCAUGAGCUCUCCCACCCUUUAUGACCACUCUCUGUCCCUUCUGACCCCAUUCUUCACCCCAUGGCCUCCACUCAGCUUCCAUGACCCCACUGCUCUCUUCUGUCCUAAUCUCUCUCCUUGCCCCUAUCUGCCCCACUGCCUUUGGCCUCUACCACUGCACCCUGUGCGCCCUCAGCAUCACCUCUCUGCACCCCCAAGGUCCACCUUCUUCCCUGGGACCGUGCCUUGCCUACCUUGUUUUCCUGGCUUUCUUCACCAAUGACCAGUGCAUAUGGAGAGAGGUUGAGGAUAUGGGAGUAGGGGAAGAGAGAACGCUGGGGAAAAGCAGAAGAAGAAAGUGAAAGAAGCUCUAGAGGAAACCACAGGGCCUAGGGGGUAGGGGAGGUGGUUGCCAUGGUAACCUCUGGUUGUGGGGGAAGGGUAAAAGGUCCCAUAGCCUGAGGCCACCCAAAGGAGGAACCCCUUCCCCCCAGUUGCUCUUCCCAGCAGCUAUGCGCCUACAGUCCAGCUGCCAUUUACUGAGCACCUGCUAUGAGAUGGGCACUUUGCUAGGUGCUGUCUUCAGUUAGUCUUGUUCCAAAGGAGUGCGCCUGACACAGGAGACAGACCUGUGAACACAGACCUCGCAUCAGUUCCUUCUCAAAGCUCCCUCUGGUCAAGUGUGGGCCAGGGCGAGUAUUUCCACAACCCUGUCUUUCUAUAGGCUUCAUUCUUAAAAACAAUUUUUUAAAAUUGAUUUCAGAGAGGAAGGGAGAGGGAGAGAGAAAGAGAAACAUCAGUAAUGAGAGAGAAUCACUGAUCGGCUGCCUUCUACAUGCCCCCGACAGGGGUUCGAGCCAGCAACCCAGAGUCAACCAGGAAUUGAAACUGGUUCACAGGUCGAUGCUCAACCACAGGGCCACACUGGCCAGACUAUAGGCUUCAUCCUUGCCCUCGCUGCAGCUGCCAUUCCUGCUCGGUAUGCUUCUCCUAGGUGGCCCUUCCACCCUUUCCAGGCUCCACUACUGUCUGGGCUCCUUGGCCCAGUCUCAUUUUCUAAGCCUGGCCCUGUGCCUCUCUCUCAACUUCCCAGCUGUCUGGACCUUGAAUUUCUCAAAGCCUCUCCACUUUUCACCCCAUUACUUCUCAUUCACUGAUUCUCUCAUCAAGCCCUUAGUAUGUGCCAGAUUCUCUUCUAAACAACUGAUAUGAAUUAAUCUCAUUUAAUUCUCAACCACCAACCCUAUGAGUUCCACUUGACAGAUGAGAAAAUAGCCACAGGAAGAGUCAAUAACUUACCUCAGGUCCCAAGACUAGUAAGGGAAGCAGACCCAGGAUCUGAAGUGGGGCAGUUUGGCUCCAGAGCUGGUAUAGUCAAGCACCCGCAAGGAUACAGUGGACACGCAAGGAUACAGUGGACACGGGGUUUUCAAACUGAAUAAUAGUCACCAAUUUCCCGCAGUACUUAACUGCCUCCAUAUUUCUUCCUAUCAUGUUCCUAUAUAUACAAGGAAGUGAAGACAUCAUCAACUCUGGAGGCAAUCCUAGAUCAUCCAGUUACUAGCAACGUGAUCUUGGGUAGCUUUUACUUUUUACCUCUAAGCCUCUACAUCUGUGAAACUAGGGGGGCUGGGGGGACAUUAACACCGAUGUCAUGAGGCUCCUGUGAGGAUUAGUUAUAACAUCAGAAUACACCCAGCACAACUAGGUGCUCAAUAGAUGAUCUUCUAGAUCCCUGUAUCAUCAACUCUCUUGGCCCAGUUCCACCCUAUCUGCUCCACUUUCUAGAUCAGUCACCCCCACCACCCCCAAGUCUUCCUCACCCCGGGCGUGUCACUUCCUCCUCUGUAGCCUCCCAGAUCAGUACACAAAGGCUGCCGCUGCCGCUGAAGGAAAGGCUGCCCUGUUCGCACCUGCCAUGGUGGCUUUGUCAAUGGUUCUUGUUUUCCUGCUGGUUCUGAGCAGAAGUGAGAGUGAACUGGACGCCAAGAUCUCAUCCCCAAGGGAGGCCACAGAAUGGGGUGAUCCUGAUCUGUCCCUGCUGGGGUCCUGCAAGCCAGCCCCAUCCUGCAAGAAGUGCAUCCUCUCACAUCCAAGCUGUGCAUGGUGCAAGCAACUGAACUUCACAGCGUCAGGAGAGGCGGAGGAGCGCCGCUGCGCCUCGCGUGAGGAGCUGCUGGCUCGGGGUUGCCCCCCAGGGGAGCUGGAAGAGCCCCACGGCCAGCAGGAGGUGCUGCAGGACCAGCCGCUCAGCCAGGGCUCCCGGGGCGGUGAGGGGGCCACUCAGCUGGCACCGCAGCGGGUGCGGGUCACGCUGCGUCCCGGGGAGCCCCAGCAGCUGCAGGUCCGCUUCCUCCGUGCCGAGGGGUACCCUGUGGACCUGUACUACCUUAUGGACCUGAGCUACUCCAUGAAGGACGACCUGGAGUUCGUGCGCCAGCUCGGGCACGCCCUGCUUGUGCGGCUGCAGGAGGUCACCCAGUCCGUGCGCAUCGGCUUUGGCUCCUUCGUGGACAAGACGGUACUGCCCUUCGUGAGCACAGUGCCCUCCAAGCUUCGCCAUCCCUGCCCCACCCGACUGGAGCGCUGCCAGCCCCCCUUCAGCUUUCACCACGUGCUAUCCCUGACGGGGGAUGCCAAGGCCUUCGAGCGGGAGGUGGGGCGCCAGAGUGUGUCUGGCAACCUGGACUCACCUGAAGGUGGCUUUGAUGCCAUUCUACAGGCUGCACUCUGCCAGGAGCAGAUUGGCUGGAGAAAUGUGUCUCGGCUGCUGGUGUUCACUUCAGAUGACACGUUCCACACAGCUGGGGAUGGAAAGUUGGGUGGCAUUUUCAUGCCCAGUGAUGGGCAUUGCCACUUGGACAGCAAUGGCCUCUAUAGUCGCAGCCCAGAGUUUGACUACCCCUCUGUGGGUCAGGUAGCCCAGGCUCUCUCUGCAGCAAACAUCCAGCCCAUUUUUGCUGUCACCAGUGCCACACUGCCCGUCUACCAGGAGCUGAGUAAGCUGAUCCCUAAGUCCGCAGUGGGGGAGCUGAGUGAGAACUCCAGCAAUGUGGUACAGCUCAUCAUGGACGCUUAUAAUAGCCUGUCAUCCACUGUGACCCUCGAGCACUCUCCACUCCCUCCAGGGGUCCAUAUCUCUUAUGAAUCUCAGUGUGGGGGUCACGAGAAGAGGGCUGGUGAGCCCGGGGACCGGGGCCAGUGCAACCAUGUCCGAAUCAACCAGACGGUGAAUUUUUUGGUUACUUUCCAAGCUACCCGCUGCCUCCCAGAGCCCCAUUUUCUGAAGUUCCGAGCUCUUGGCUUCUCAGAGGAGCUGACUGUGGAGUUGCACACACUGUGCGAUUGCAACUGCAAUGACACCCAGCUCCCAGCGCCCCAUUGCAGUGACCACGGGCACCUACAAUGCGGGGUGUGCAGCUGUGACCCAGGCCGCCUGGGUCGACUCUGUGAGUGCACCGAGUCUGAGAUGUCCUCCCCAGAUCUGGAAUCUGGGUGCCGGGGCCCCAAUGGGACAGGGCCCCUGUGCAGCGGGAAGGGACGAUGUCAGUGUGGACGCUGCAGCUGCAGCGGACAGAGCUCUGGGCGCCUGUGCGAGUGUGACGAUGCCAGCUGUGAGCGACACGAGGGCAUCCUCUGUGGAGGCUUUGGCCUCUGCCAAUGUGGAGUGUGUCACUGUCACGCCAACCGCACGGGCAGAGCGUGUGAGUGCAGCGGGGAUGUGGAUGGCUGCGUCGGUCCUGAGGGAAGGCUCUGCAGUGGGCAUGGACAUUGCAAAUGCAACCGCUGCCAGUGCUUGGACGGCUACUACGGUGCCCUAUGUGAUCAGUGCCCAGGCUGCAAGACACCAUGCGAGAGACACAGGGACUGUGCAGAGUGUGGGGCCUUUGGGACUGGUCUCCUGGCCACCAAUUGCAGCAUGGCUUGUGCCCAUACCAACGUGACUCUGGCUCUGGCCCCUAUGCUGGAUGACGGCUGGUGCAAAGAGAGGACCCUGGACAACCAGCUGUUCUUCUUCCUGGUGGAGGAGGAAGCCGGAGGCAGGGUCACGCUGAGAGUGAGACCCCAAGAGAAGGGAGCAGACCACACCCAGGCCAUUGUGCUAGGCUGUGUGGGGGGCAUUGUGGCAGUGGGACUGGGGCUGGUCCUGGCUUAUCGGCUCUCCGUGGAAAUCUAUGACCGCCGGGAAUACAAGCGCUUUGAGAAGGAGCGGCAGCAGCCCAACUGGAAGCAGGACAGAAAUCCUCUCUACAAAAGCGCCGUCACGACCAUCAUUAACCCCCGCUUUCAAGCCCCAGAAAGUCCUCUCUGAAGAGGGUAGGGCUACUCACUCCAGGGUUCUUCUUCCUGGGGGGGUGGUGGGAAUUAGGGCUCUGGGUCUAUCAGGCAGCAGCCUGCUGGGGGACUAAUCACCACCUACGGUACUUGGAUACCCCAGAGGGCCGGCCUCCUGCUGCACCCUUGCUUCCCCACCCCUCAAGAAGUGGGGGUUGCCCCAUCCACAAAUACAAUAAAGAAUCUUCAGAUUACAGAUCACUUUAACAAACACUGUGUAUGCUGGUAUCCAACCUCAUUCUGUCUUGUCCAGCAGGGUUUUUUCCUCUUAAUCAGAAUUAAUACAUAUAUAUGUAUUUUAGAUACCUCGGUUUCAAUUCUACUCGUUGCUGGCCUGUGGAGAAGGGGAGUUUUAAAGUGGCAGUUUAUAGGGUACUAGAAAUUGCAGGAUGGUAAUAUUUGGGGGGAAAAAGGGAGAUCAUGUUGGCCCCAGUGAAAAAAAUUCCCCUCAAGAUAUUCUUUUCAAAGAUGAGAUAGUAUGUAAAAAAGCCCCAUUUUCUUUUUAUUUAAAUAUCCUAAAUAUAUCACGAAGGAACAUACACUGCACUUUAAUGGUAAAAAGAUACAAGUUUAUAACAUCUUAUAAAAACUACCAUUUAAAAGUGAUCUUGUUCAUUUGAUAUUCCCCACCCCCCAUAGCAAAAUAAGUAUAUUAAAAAAAAAAAGAGAGAGAGAGAGAGAGAGAGAGGGUGGGUGGUGAGGCAGGUAGGAGGGAUUAAGAUAAAAGCCCCAGAGCUACAGCAGAGGUGGAGAGUCUGAGGAGAGGGUUCCUAGGAAAAGUCGUGGCAGGACUGUGUCUCUUAACCCUCCGAUGUCAAGCCGUGGGGCACAAUCAGUAGCUAAGUGAUGACAAGAGGCCGUUGGGGGUGGACGGAAAAGACUUGGGGUGCUGGGAAGGGCAGGGCUGGUAGGGCCUGGUAUAGCAGUUCACCCAGGAACUGGGGCUACUCUUUCCCGGGUCCAAUUCCACAGCCUGGUCUCUGAAAGCCUGCCCUAUCUCCCUUUCCCUUCACUCCAAACACACCUGAGGAAUCUUUCCAGUGCUAGACCCCAUCCCAGCAAACGAAGGGUGGGGUGUUGGGCCCAGAAGCCUUUGCUGCAGUCUUAGUCUAUGGUUUCCCUGGGGUAUAAGUGGGGCUCCUGCCCCCCCCCCCCCCAUGGGCGCUAAAUCACUCCUUUCACCUCUUUGCUUCCCUCUCCUUAUACAUCCCUGGCCCCAGAACAUCAGCACCUGGACAACCAAAGUAACCCCCUGCUCCUGGGUCUCCCCCACACCCAGGCGUUGGCAGGGGUGGUUCUGGUAUGGCUCUACAUAUCCACUUAAUUUCCCCUCUCCCACCCUCAGGCAGGAAGCUGAGGCCUGUUGGGGCCAGGGCACAUCCUGACCUAAACGCACAUUCACACACAUAGGGGCAUUGAUCACUCACGUGCUUCUCUCCACACCCACCCACCCCAACCCACAACCCAGUGGCAGGGAGCGAGCCUCCCAUUUUCAAAAGCGCUCUUGGGAGGACAAUUUUCUAAAUGUAUCCUCCUUCUCAGAAGAUAUUCCCAGAGGUGAACAAUAGACAAAUUCCAGCCUGAGCAGAGAACUCUCCCAGGAAGGGGCUGGCUCACAUGCAGAAAAAUGCCCUAACAGGGGCCACAGGGCGAUUCUGACACAACCCCUGGGAGUGCCAGCCUAAAGCACAGGGCGGCACACACAUCCCCAAGGUCUCCCCAAAGGAUCUCAGAUG